AUGAUAAAUCAGUGUAGUAAGAAAUCUUUCUUCUCUUGCUUUUAAUAGAAAUGGUAACAUUAAACUAUAAGACAUUUUGAUCUUUAAGAUGUAUUCUAAAUGAUAACAAAUUCAAAAGGAAAAUGGCAAAAAGCACAUCUUAAAUUAUAUAAGUAGUUUUUAUGUCUAAAUGAUGUAAUAAUUAAGAUAAUUAUAACAUAGAAAGAACAAGUAGAUGUUUCAAACUACUAGAUUUCUAAAGUAGAAAAUAAAAUUUUGGGAUAAGGAAUAAGGUUAUAAUCAAUUGAAUUAUCACUUGAAUUUUAUGGUACUAUAGAUAAAUGGUUUGAAUACUUGAGACUCUAUUGUAUUUAAACUAAUUUUACAUAAAAAUAUUAAAUUUAAAAAUUAGUUGGAGCUGGAACUUAUGGGAAAGUAAUAAACAUGAAUAUAUUAUAGGUCUAUCGUAUAAAAAACAAGAUUGAUUAAAAUAUAUAUGCUGUGAAGACAUUUGAGAAGCAAUUAUUAAAUUCAUUUGAUGAUUAAGAAGGUUUAGUAAAGGAGAUUGGAAUAAUAAGAACUUUAGAUCAUCGAGGGGUAAUAAAACUUCAUGAAGUUUAUGAAAGUGAAUAAUUCGUUUUUUUGGUUUUUGAAUUCUUAUAGAAUAAUAGCCUUUAUCAUACUCUUGAGAGAGGAGUCAUUUUAGGAGAAUCUUAAGCAUAUAAUAUAAUCAAGGAUCUACUUGAGACAGUGUUAUAUAUUCAUGAAUAAGGCAUUUUACAUAGAGAUUUAAAACCAGAUAAUAUAUUAUAGAGAAAUGACACUUAAAAAUACGUUAUUAUAGAUUUUGGAUUAGCUGAUUUAUAUAGAGAAGAUGGAUAGUAUUUAUUUAAAAAAUGUGGAACUCCAGGAUAUUGUGCACCAGAAAUACUAUGGAAUUAAAAUUAUGAUUACAAAGUGGAUGUAUAUAGUCUUGGAGUGAUUCUGUAUUAAAUGUUAACAGGAUUAAAUCCCUUCUAUUCUAAAAACUAUGAUGACAGAGUUAUGCUUAACAAAGAGUCUAAAUUUGAUUAUGGUAAAGUUAAAGUUUCUUAUGAUGCUCUUGAUUUAUUAUAAGGAAUGUUAAACAGAAAUCCUUAAAAAAGAUUGAGUGCAAAAGAGGCUUUAAAUCAUCGUUAUUAUUUGUAAUAGUAAAAACAAUCUUAUCAUGUACCUUCAAUUUCUCAUCUAUCUGAUACACUUAUGAAUACAGGAAGUUAGAUAUCAUCACCUAGAUUAGAGAGCCAUUUCAACUUUUUUGAAAUUGGGGAAUUUUCUAGUCGAUAUACUAGUCCAUUACUUUCUCCUAAAUUAAGUCCAAGAUUUGAUGAAUUAGAUAAGGAAAUUUUAAAUCAUCAUAAUAUUUACAGUUGUCAUAUUUCUAAUUUGAAAUUACCUAAAUAACAAAUCAAUCAUGAACAAUUCUUAGAGAAUUUAAUGUAAAAAUAAAAGGUUUGA